UAAAAUUAAAAAAUGGCAGCCUCCUUGGUCUGCAGGAAAUUGGGGACAAAAUGUCAUCCAGUUCUGAAGUUUACAUCUUUUGAAGUAGGCAUCAAUAAAAGAUCUUUUGUUGCUAACAUGGUGUUUUGAAUGAAAAUAAUAUGACUUUUUCGUAUUGUUUCAACAAGAAAUAUGUGUAGUGAGAAUACUAACCAUUUUUUUUAAUGCAACCAACAUCAACUGUCUUUAGUCUUUUCAGUCAAAGUUGAAAUGUUCAAUACAUUUUUAAAAAAAAUAAACAUAAAAUAAUAUAUAUAUAAUGUAUACACCUCAAAAUCGUACCGUUUAUGCCAAAAUCAUAAGAAACAGGUCUGAAAAUAUAUAAAAGGUAAUCUACCACUUGAGCGUCGGCCAAGAAAAAAUCCAGCUGUUCCGUUUGGAAGGGCUAUUUAAACAACUAUUCUUACAUUGGAGUCUGUUAAUAUUUUUGCUUCCGUAUAGGCUAUAAAGUGUUCAUAUUUUUGCUUCCGUAUAGGCUAUAAAGUUAUAUAGCACAAUACUAAUACAUGUAAAUAAUUAUUACUGCCAUGCUACCGAUAUGCCAGGAAGAAAAAGAGACUACAAAAGUGCCGAUGACCGAAAUGUUUGAUACAGAUCAGAUACGAAAUGAAGAAGAAUGGUGGCUGUCCACACUACUACUGAAUUUGUCAGACCCCUUAUUAGCCUUAUUCAGCAUCCAGGAUGGUGUAUUAACAAAAUUAUUUUUUUUUAUCCAAAUAACGCGGAUGUCCACACACAGAAUGUGGAAAACAUGGAUGCUCAAAAAGCGCAAACUGUAAAGACAGUUUGGCACAGGCCGUGCGUGAUCUUUCCCCUUCAUAUUUACGUGAAUUCAUGUACCACAACCGAUUUCGUGGAACUUAUAUUUUUUUAAACUUCAUUGUCGCCUUGGGGGAGGACUAUGCAUAAUUCCAUUUUCAAACAUUAAAUUGUUUAAAUUCUUCCAUUUCAAUUUUUUAAAAUAGUUUUUCUAUUUAAAAAAAAUAUUCUUGUGUAUUUGUAUUAGUACUAUUAUUAUGGGAAUGAAUACGUACAACCAAUGUCAUUAAACAUAGUAUAAAAAUAAUUUUUUAAAUAGCCCUUCCCACCGGAACAGCUGCAUUUUUUCUUGGCCGACGCUCAAGUGGUAGAUUACCAUAUAAAAAUGUGCAUUUUAUUCAGCAAAAUAAUGGGAUUAUAUACAAGAAUUUACAAGUCAAUUCUAAAAUGUGCUGAGGUUGAGUGAAUUCUAACUGAAUAAGGUUAAUUUUGGUAUUAAAAUAUAAACCAAUGAACAUUGGUUGUACACUUAGCCUUAAUUUCAUCGAUACCCGGUGCAUCAAUUUUUACCUUGUUGUUUUACAAUACCGGUGCAUACGUUCAAAUAUUACCUUAUUUCCUGCUGAUAAAUAAAAUGUAGGGCCAGGUGCAAAAUUAAGCUUGGCAACCACUGUUUUUUUUUUCUAUAAACUGCACACUGAAAGUAUAGACACAUAAAAUAUUUCUUUUAUAGUUUAGUUAUAAUCUGACAAUGGCUUCAUUUCAGCAUAUCCAGGGAGUGUCAAAUUUAUUGUGCAUGCUUUUUACCACAGCAUUUAAAUUGUUAAUGAAAAAGCUGUUCCAUAACAUAAAGCUCAUUUUGGAGUUCUCUAAACGAGUUCAAAUUAUGGAUGUAUUCUCACUUCCUAAGCCUAAAUUUUUCAUGACACAUACAAGAGCUUAGCCGACCUAGGGCAAUAUUCCCCUACUCUAUUGUUAAAGUUAAUGUUUUACGGCCAAAGUUCAUGAAACUAUGUUUUAAAACAUAAGCCCCUAUUAACUUAUUACUGAAUAUACUUGUUAUAUGUCUUCUUUUAAUUCCAGUACCGGAACCAAUUUGUUUUUUAAAUUGUUUUUUUCUACCAAUAGCCAAGAGGACUAAGAUUUCUGACCCUGAAGACCGAAAGACAGCUACUAUCCACUUCACUGGUUGCGUGUCGGAAUUUCCAAAUUGCGCUGUGUUUUUCAACUACAUCUAAGUUUAGAUCAGAAAAUGUGCAAUCCAAACUUGCAACUACUUCAACACAAGGAAAUGGAGUUGGAAAGGGAUCAGAAAGUAAAAGCCAGCUUCAGCUUGCAGAGAAUGGCGAUUUAUACAGGUCAGAUUAAAUUAAAGAAAAUGCAUUUCAUUAUUAUAUCUUUUGAGGAAUGUACUUCUUAAUUUGAAUGUAUGAACUUAGGAUCUUUAUGUAACUGCUAAUAUAAUAGUGAAUAUUAGCAGUAAUCUAAGUAUAAUUUUUUAAAUUAUUUUAACAGAGAGCGCUAUAUACCUAUCACACGCCAGUCUAUUAUUCGUCAUCUACUCCAGGAAAAGAAUUUUUUUGCUGAUUCAGAACUUAAAACCUUCAGCACUUUUGUAAUUGCGCUUGACAGUGCCCUGGUCAACAAAUACCAUACAAUUUUACAAGAAUUAAAGGUAUUAAUUAUAUCACUGCUGGCCAGCUAUUAGAGGGUUUUAAGUUUUCAACUGAAAUAAUAUAUUUCACCUAAUGAAGAUACUCUAAGACAGCGGUUCUCAACCUGUGGGUCGCGAGACCCUUUUCCAGGGGUCGCCUAAGACCAUCUGAAAACACAUAUCUUUACAGCUAUGAAGUAGCAACGAAAAUAUUUGUGUGGCUGGGGGUCGCCACGACACGAGAAACUGUAUUAAAGGGUCGCAGCAUUAGAAAGGUUGAGAACCACUGCUCUAAGAUAAAGAAUUAUAAAACCUUUAAAUUGUUAACCUUAGAAAAAGAUGUAUUACAUAUGGUCAUAUAAUUCUCAGGGGCAGUUUAAAUAACUUUUCAAGAAGAAACUUUAAUAUUUAGUGACGAGCAACUUAUGAGGAAAUCUGUUACAAUACCGGUAAUUUAAUUUAUAUUUCUUUCUGCACUCUUAAAUCAAAACUUCUCUCCUUUAUUUAACACAUUCAUUGUGGAAUUAUACAAGACUAAAUUGGGAGUUAAGAAUCAUUUCAUUUUAUAUUUAAAGUAAAAUUCCUUUUUGCUUUGUAUGAGAAAAACAAUAUUAUUUAUUUGUACUUCUGAAAUGGCAGGUUUUGUUUGACCCUAUCAAUCCAGAUAAAGAUACUGUGAAAGUAAGAGAGUGGACAAGAAGUGAAAAGUUGGACAAUGAAUUCUAUCUCCUCCAACAGCUUGAAGAUGUUAUGAAUAAGGCCAACUUUCACGAACUGCCUAAGGCUAAAGUGGAGCACUUCCUCAAAGAGCACCAAGCUCAAGAGGGCGUUAGGGUCAGGGAUCCUUUUAGUUUUUUGUUUUUUUAUAAUGUACCGGGUAUCUGAAAUAACGUAUUGUACCGGUAUAUACUUGCUUAUAGUUUGCAUCAUGGGUAGGUCACACCAUCAGUUUGGGGUUGUCAAAGUGGGUAUUUGUUGUGGACUCCCAGAUAGGUUGCAUCCUUAGUUUUGGGAGUUACAUGCCCCUUUUUCAAAUUUAAAAUAACUAAUAUUUGUUAAACAGAUAUCACACACAUUUUUUACAUAGAAGCUUGAAAACUAAAAAGUGAUCAUAAACUAUGUAUACACUUAUCCUUAAUAAACUGUUUUUUUUAAAUGGAUUGCCCUCUUGUCCAAUGUGAGAGAGCAAGGCAGAGAAAAUGAUUCUCCAACUUUUGGUAAAAAUGUUUCUCCAACUUUUGGUAUAAAUAAAUACUAAAGCCUGAAUAACAGAAAGCAAAAACUGAUUUUGGGGGAUAGAUCGCACCCCUGAUUCUUAUUGAAUUUUUCUGUUAAAAUAUUGCUACCUAUAUGUGAGUAUACAUUGUAAUCUAAAUAUUACUAAACUAAAUGAAAACCUAUUUUUUUAAAUAUAGUAUUCGUCAUAACUUUUCUUUUAAGCUUUGAAAUAUUAUAUUGUUUAAUACAACAGGUCAGUGUUGAUCCAAGUCGAUACGAUGUUCUUCGGUUUUGGGUACUAGGUCAUGAAAGACCCGAACUUCAACUUUCUUUGUCCGAGAGAAUUCUGAAUAAAAUAUUGCGACGACCACCAAGACCACCUAUGGAAUAUUAUAAACGGGUUGUGUUAGCCCUUAGGUUAAAGAAAGAUUCCAAGCUGAUUCUUAAGGCUUUUAAAGAGGUUGGUCUCUUCAGCUUUCAGAAAAAUAAUGUAUUUGGCUGUUAGAAAUAAAUCAAACAGAAUUAAAUGUCGCUACAAUUUAUUUGAUUUUUUUUUUUUUUAAAGAAAUUGAAAGGUAACUUCUCAUAACAUCUUUUUAUUAAAUUUAAGACCAAAAAAAGUAUGCUUAGUUUACAGAUAGCCCUAAAAAAUAUUUGAAAUAUAGCUCAUAGAUGUAUUUAAGAUUUGAAUAUCCAGACCCUAAUGUUUUCAUUAUAAUUAACAGAAGAAAAGGUUUCCCUAACAAUUUAAAUGAAUAGCGGACCGGGGACCAUUAAAGAUUAAGAAAUAUUACUUGGAAAGUGAGCUUUUUAAGUAAAUGGCCAGAAGAGUUUGAAACUUUGUCAAAAAUAAAAGUACAGCUAGCAGCUUCCAUCUCAUUUAUCUAGGUACCUGUCGAGAGCUUGGAAAUGUUGUUGCCUGAUGGCAAGAUACAAAUGAGUUCACUCGACAAAACUUUGCUUGUUACGUCUGGAUCUAUAGCUGGGUUUGGUGUGUUAGCCAAGGUUGUGACAGUUUUGGCAAGCUUACAUGUAAGUGCUUAUAAGUGUUAAAGUAUAAAAAAAUUUUUGAUGGAAAUAAUCACUUCAUGUUCAGGCAAAAAAUGUGGUGUUCACUUUCAAGCGACGAAAAAUCUCAAUUCUUAUCAGUUUUGUAAGUUCCUGAUGCCUUUCUUAUCUGUGCAGUCCUAUAUAUGCUGAAGGAAGUGACAAAAAAUUAUUUAACGUUCACUUGACCAGUUGGCAGAACUCCUGCAGUUAUGUAAUGUAAACUAGUUUAUUUCUGGUUUUCACUAAAAUUUUAGCUUGUUUAUUUUCUGUUUUUAUUAAAGAUUAUAUGCGUCACAUGGGUGUAUUAAUCUGUCAACCCAAUUGUAAUUCUGGCAUUUCAAUUGAUAGGAGCAUUUUUUUUAACUUGAUAGUGAUUGAAUUGUGUUUGAUUAAUUGUAGUAAAACACAUACAAUAACUUUUUUUUUUUUUAAAUGUUCAUUACCAGGUACCAGUUUAAUUAUAAUAUCAUUUAUACUUAUUUACUCUUUUGAUGCGGAACAACGCAUGCCAUUCUCAAAAGCACUUGCUAACGCGCUGUGCCUUGUUUCAAUAUCAUGUUUGUUUCUUUGCUAUUUCUCAGUUAUACAUUUUAAGAGCUAUUUUUAAAUAAGACUUUUACAUAGAAGAGUGGUACUUCAUCGUUUAUAAGCCCAACCAAGGUUUAUUUGUUGUCAUUUGAUGCAUUAUUUUGAUGAUUUUCUUCGCGUUUUUUUUUUUUUUUUCUACUGUGGCUAUGGCUACUCUAAGCCCUAGUAAAUAAGUUUCCUAGACGAUUAACAGUUUAAAAAGCUUUAGAAUUGUUUUAUACUAUUUCUUUUGAUAGUGAAGAUGAUUUAUAUUUAGAUGCAUCACAUUAUUCUGAUAGUAGUUUUAGAGGAAUUGAGUUAUAGAAGUGAGGAUGAGGUAUUCGUACAUCAUACGGUUUGGGGAAAAAUGGUUUUGCAUAAAUCUUUUUCACAUUUUAUGGUUCUUUUCUGUAACUUAUUUUAUUUAAAGUGAAGAAAUAAUUGUAAAAACAUAUAGUCCUUUCAAUUACGUUUCAUUUGAUACCUAGUUUAGUCUUAUAAAACAGAAUAUUUUAAACAUUUUUUAAUAAACCCAACCUCUCACUCUUUUUCCGCACUUACAAAAAAUGUACAUUUUUUCGAUUAAAAAAUUCCGCAGCGAAAGAGUUAAACCUCAAUUGAAAUUAAAAAAUGUUAUAAAUAUUUAGGUUACAUUUAAAAAAGAAAUGAAUAAAAUGUUGGUAAUGGUUACUAUUAAUUUUAUCAUAGUAAUUGUUAAUGUUGUUGUCUUUAUUUUCUUCAUCCCCACUAUUUCAUCCAGCUUUGUGCUCUGCAAUUAAAAAUUCCAUUUUCAAAAAUCUUUCAGGUUGACUGGACAUUAGCAUUAACCUUAGUGACUGGUUCCAUUGGGUUUCGCAUUUGGUCAUCUUACAAGAACAGAAGAAAUGCUUACCUCUUAGAUGUAUCUAGAACACUUUAUUUCAAGGUAGUCAAAUGUUUCACUUGUUUUACCAGAUUAGUGAGGAAAAAAACAUAAAUAUACUGCAUUAUUCUAAAAAGUAAAAAAUAUUUUUUAAGGUCGAAAGGCAUCGUGAAUAAUAAUUAAAUAUUAAUUGUUAUCAACUAUAAUAUUGAAUAGAAUUGCUUAUACGAUGUUAAUACAAAACUAAAAGGAAAAUGAUAUUCAUUAAUAAAAAAAAUUUUCAAUCGCUAUCUUAAGUUCAUUACCAGGAGUAGCUUAUAAACAACACAUGCCUUAAAUUUUUACAAAAUAUCCAAAGAAAAUAUUUUAGAACUAAAAUACAUAACAGUAUCAGUAAAAGAAGAUGCUUACUCAAGUGUAAUUUAGAUAUGAGGGAAAAUAUAUUUUCCUUUUUGAGAGAAAAUUUGACCAGUUUAAAAAAUUGUGUGUGGUUAAAAAUAUAAAUAUAGCAUAAGUAAGAAGUACUUCUUGUUUGUUCCUAAGUUAAUUUUAAAAUAUUUAUUUUUUUUUUCAAUAUUUUAUUGGGUUGCUAGAAUUAUGUAAGAUUUUUUAUCAUAUAAUUUAUUGUUUUAUUUCAAAUUGCAAUAUAAAAAAAUAUUACUGAUAUAAUAUUUUUAAUUGGCAUCAAUUAAUUUAUUUCAAUUAAAUUGUUUUUUUAUAGUAAUUUAUAAAUUAUUAGUAAUGAAAAAAAGUUACAUCUAUAAACUAUAAAAUUGAUCAGUAGUUUUUUUAGAAGAGGUCGUCUCAACAUGAUCUACAGGGCCAAGUCUGUGAGGAUGAGUUGAAGGAGACAUUAGCCCCUGUUAAUUUAGGAAAUACUUACCCCCAGAUAAUUUGGGAGAUACUUACCCCCACCUUGUUUGGGAGAUAGUCACCCAUAGAUAGUUUAGGAGAUACUUACCACCAUGAUAGUUUAGGAGAUAUUAACGCCCGGUAGUUUAGGAAAUAAUUAUUUUUUAAAUUAAUUUUUUUCUAUUUGUUUAUUUUGAUUAUGGCUCUUAUUUUAACUUUUCAAUACAAUAAUUUUUUUUGUGUACAACAGAAUAUAGCUAACAACAAGGGAUUGCUAACACUAUUGGUGGACAGAGCUGAGGAUGAAAGUUUAAAGGAAGCCAUAUUGACCUAUGCAUUUUUGCUAAAUUCUUACCCCAUGGCCUUAAGAGAGGAGAAAGAGUUUUCUAGUUCAGAAGGUGAUGAUUUUAAUAAACUGAAGAAAUGGGAUGUAAAAUACCAAACAAAAACGCUAAACCCCUUAUUUUAAAUGCACUAAUUUUUGUUACUUAAAAAGAUUCUAUAUAAGUUUCUUCUAUUCUGAAGCUAUUCAAAGCUGGACAAAAUGUACAUAUUUCCCCUGCAAGUAAAAUUGACAACCUUAUGAGUUACUUAAUUUUGAGAAAAUUUUGAAAAUCUAUUCUAACUUUUCUCUAAAUGUUCAAAAUUAAAUAUUUUAAUUAAGGCUUUAAUAUUAAAGUACUUGGAGAAAAUUAUGUUUUGAUUGUACAAAUUUUGGAUUUUUUUUUAAAAUUUAAAUGACUGCAUAAAUUCAGUAUAUGAUAUGCAUAUUUUUAAAAUUUAUAUAGGAGGUUUGACCAAAAAAUCACUGGAGGAACAAAUAGAGAAAUGGGUGGAGCAGAAAACAGGUGUCAAAUUGGAAUUCAACUCAAGUGAAGCCAUCCUAAUAUUGAAAAAUUUAGGUCUGCUCAGUGAGAAGAACCAGAAGCUCCAGGUUCUAACGUUGGAUUCAGCUGUUAGAAUUCUUCCACAAAGUCCUCCAUCAGUGAUCGCUAGGAGAGCAGCAGAAUCAGAUAUAACAGAGGGCUAUGACAGGGAUGAGUACUUGGAGACUGAAGAGGAGUAUAAGGCUGAGGAGAAAAAAGCUAGCCGCUAUGGCUGGUUUUAGGUUGCACUUAGACAUUUGUUACACAUUAAACGUCUGCUGAGAGAAAUCGAAAAAAAAAUGAGGACAGAUAUAUUUAUUGCUGAAAGAUAUUUAAAAUUGUAGUUUAUUGUACAUCAGUAUCAUUGCAGCUGUGGUUCAUGCAGUUUUUUUUAUAUGUUAACAAAUUUUCAUAUUAUAUAGACACUUUGUUGAUAGCAAUCAGCAUAUUCUAAAACUAACUUGCAACGCUCCAAUAUUAACAGUUAAGACAUUCCUUACCUGUAUGUUAGAUUAUUUUUUUUUUAAUGUAUACAGUCCAUCUUAAAAUAUGGCCCUGAAAAUCACAAAUCACCUUUCGAUUCCUGGAGCCAUGAAGCCAGAAAACCUUAUCGAUAAAAAAGAAUGGAACAUUUUUAAAAACGACUUGUGCCUCCUUCCCUUUAAUGUUACAGCUGAUCAGACCAUAAAAGUGUUGGUAACAGGGCAAUCUCUUCCAGACAAAAUAUUUCUCAGAAAGCAUGUGUGUUACUAGUUCCUUAUAUAAAUAUGUACAAGUUGAUAGUUAUUGAAUGAAAUAUAUUUUGGAAAACAUGGAAAUGUACAUGAAAUAGCUUUGAGUAGUUGAAUCAUUGUAUAAUAAUGGAAUGUGAUUAUUUUUUUUUAGAUGUUGUUAAGAAAAUUUGCAAUAUUUAUUGAUGAAUAAAUAAACAAUAUAUAUAUAUAUAUAUAUAAACCCUUAGUUUUUUUAAUUAAAUAUAUAUAAUUCAAUUCACCUACUUUUAGUUUCUAGGAUCAAAGACCUUCAUUGUGUAUCCUUGACCUUGGCAUUGCAACUAAAAGGAAUUAUUUGGUGAUGUUAGUGGUGGUUGUUGUGUCUGUAUGUAAACUGGUUUUUCUGAUUGUGGACUCAGUUUAUUUUCAUUUGAUUUAAAUAGAAGGAACUUCUGUUCCCUUACACUAUACUACAUUUAAAAUUUAAAUUCAUUGUUGAAGGCUUUCAACGGAUGUUCAGUUAUUAUCUGCUCAUCAAAGCAAAAGGCGCAUGGCCGUUUAGAAAGGGUUAUUUUUGUAGGGACUUGGCAAUUUUUUUGAACUAUGCAAAAUGGAUGGUGAACGGCUCUGAAAUAACCUUUCAUUUCUGCUUUACAGUAGCCGUGAAAGUCAAGUAAUAAUUUUUUUUAAAAGACACUUAUUGUGUGUUCAAAUGUAAGGUGAGUCUUUUACUCCGCUAGUUUUUAAGUGAAAGUGUGAUUGCUUAACAUGGAAUAUUCUUCACAAAGGACCAGAUACCAACACUGUCAUGUGAAUCUUGAGAUGAUCUCUGAGUUAUUUCAUGUGUGAGUCAGAAGCUUUUCUUACAAUAUACGUUUUGGUGUCAUACACUUUUUGUUAAAUUUAUCAAGAACUUUGUACAUCAACUUUUGGGUUUGCUAUCAAGCUAGAGCUUAAAAAUGUAAAUGUGGAUUGAUUAUUAAACUUGUAUAUAAACAAAACUUAA